AUGAAAAGCAUGUGCGUCACAGCAAAGAGCAGCCCCCACUUACCGCAACUAGAGAAAGCCCGUGCAAGGCAACAAAGACCCAGUGGAGCCCCAAAUCAAUCAAUCAAUCAAUACAAUUAUAAAAAGGAAUCUUUUAAAAAAAAUAAAGGGAAUACUGGUAUAGGCCUUCUCAAAUGGGAAAACCAAAGAGAUCUUCUCUGUUACAUUUAUAUGACAGCCCUCAAGGACAGGAAAGAUGGAUCAGAGGGUUCUGCACAGACCCUCACUUUUCUCGUGAACUUACACGUCUGGUAUAGCACCCUGAUGGGAUGA